CUAAAGCCCGACAUUAUCUUCACGGAUCAAUUUAUAACAGUGCCGGCCAUCGACACGGCAGGUAUACCCUGGGUUUGGUGGUGUAGCCCUAAUCCGCUGGUGUUUCUCGAUGAUGAUAAGUUGACCCCACCCGGGUGCUCAGGUUUGCCGGCGUCCGGACCGAUAGCUGAGUGGCAGGCGUUUCGGUCGGCAGUGAAUGAGGCCUCAGAAGAGACGUGGAAUUAUUGGAACUCUUAUUGUGUGGCAAAAGGCGUAAAACCACUCAAUAAAUACAAAUACCUUAACUUUUCCCCAUAUCUUAACAUUUAUGGCUUUCCUUUGGAAUUGGAUUACACAGACAUCAGACCAUUGCCUCCCAAUUGGCAUCAAUUUGAUAACCUUAAGCGUACGGAUAGAGACAUCACAUUUGAGAUACCGGUGCCGUUGAGAGACAGACCGGGAAAA